AUGGCGCCCCCCACCACCACCACCAAAACAACCGUCACCUUCCUCACCACCGGCACCGUCCGCAUAAAACAAACCAUGUACACCCAACCCGCCACGCGCUCCGUCCUCCUCCGCCGCCUCAACAACUUCCUCUCCAACACCUGGACGCACCCGCUCCCCAUCGGCGUCUUCCUCAUCCACCACCCGUCCGGCCCCUUCCUCUUCGACACGGGCGAAUCCCCCUGCUGCAACGACCCGGGCUACUUCCCCGCGUGGAACAUCCCGACGCGCACGUGGACGCAGACGGACAUCACGCCCGCCGACGGCAUCGUCUCGCAGCUGCGCAAGCACGGCGUCGAGCCGAGUGAGCUGCAGGGAGUGGUGCUGAGCCACCUGCAUCGCGACCAUGCGGGCGGCUUGGAAGAGUUGGCAAGGGUGGCGCCGGAUGUGCCGAUCUAUGUGAGCGAGGAGCACUGGAAGGCGUUUGGGAUGUACCCGUUUCACGCGAGCAUGGAGGGCUGCGCGCCGGAGCAUUGGCCGGAGGGGUUUGCGCCAAGGCUGCUGGAGGUGAAGGAGCACCGUGUGGGCCCGUGGGAGAGGUCGUGUCCGCUGACGGAGGAUGGGAAGGUCGUGGUGGUUGAUACGCCGGGGCAUGUGCCGGGGCAUGUGUCGAUGGUGGUGCGGGGGGAUAAUGAGGAUGGGAGCACGACGGCGUAUUUUUUGACGGGCGACGCGACGUAUGGGAUUGAGUUGCUGGAGGCGGAGGAGGUUGAUGGGGUGAAUGAUGAUCCUCUUCGUGCUCUGGCGAGUGUGAGGUUGAUCAAGGAGUUUGCAAGGCAGGAAGAUGUUGUGGUGUUGCCGAGUCAUGAUGUCGAGACGCCGCGGCUGCUGGCGGAAAGGGUAUUGUAUAAGCCAAAAAACAGAGAAGGAGAAGCGAAAAUGUAG